AUGCGGAGAAGUGGGGGAAGCUAUGCUUCUCCAAGUCUUGGUUCUCUGCUCCUUCUGGCUGUGAGGAGGAGCAGACAUGCAGAGCACCGGGGACGAAGAGACCAGGGGAGGGCCCGGUCACCGGGGGCACAGAGGCGCAACGCAAUAGAGAGAUCUAAACUCUGUUCCCGCCCCGGUCGGUCCCCUUCGCUGUCAGUUUUCCUUUUGAACCAAACCGCUUGCUCGGCAAUUGAGCUUCAGCUAUCCACCGAGCCUCGUGCGCAGCUUGACAUCAUUCAAAAAGUCCGAACCUCCCCCGAAUCUUUUCCUCUCUCAACACCGCUUCGCAUCUCUCAACGACGGACCAUCUUCUUCGCGCGGCAAGGCUUCAAGGACACGAUCUUUGAACGCGCAAACACUAAGCUUCUCACCUGGCUUCCCUUAAUUUUCUCUUCGCCGCUCAAGAUGGUCUUCACUUCGCCAAACUGGGUUCCUCAAUUGCCCAUCGAUCCUCCAGAUUCAAUCACAAUCCAAGAGUUCAUGAGCAAUGAGAGAUACGGUCGCUAUGCCCUCAAGGAUUCCAGAAGCCCGUACACGUGCGGCCUCACCGGCAAGUCAUACUCGGCAUUCGAGGUGAGGGAGCGAACAGACUUGUUGGCGAGAGGUAUCUCCAAGAAGCUCGAGUUCGCACCAAACGAGGGUACCGAGUGGGAAAAGGUCGUCUGCCUCUUCUCCCUCAACACAAUCGAUUACAUCCCCUUCACCCAUGCCAUGCACCGUUUGUCCGGCAUCGUCACUCCCGCUAGCGCCGCUUAUUCAGCUCAAGAGUUGGAGCACCAGCUGCGGUCGUCCAAUUCGAAAGCUCUCUUUACCUGCAUCCCGUUGCUUGAAACCGCGCUUAAGGCCGCGAAGGGCGCCAACAUCCCCGAGGACCGCAUCUUUUUGCUGCCGGUACCGGGCGCCGAUCAAAAAACACCCUAUGUCACUAUCGAUGACUUGAUCCAAGAGGGCAAGUCUCUGCCGGAGCUGGAACCUCUCAAGUGGGUCAAGGGACAGGGAGCACGCCAGGUUGCUUUCUUGUGCUACUCGAGCGGCACCUCGGGUUUGCCUAAAGCUGUUAUGAUCUCACACAGGAACGUCAUCGCGAACGUCCUGCAAUUCACAACAUACGAAACAGUCGCGAGGAGAAAGCUUGGCGUUAGGACACAAGCCACUCUCGGUCUCCUCCCCUUUAGUCACAUUUACGGCCUGGUUGUCAUUGCUCACUGCGGCACGUGGCGCGGCGACGGCAUCAUUGUCCUGCCCAAGUUUGAGCUGAAGCAAUUCCUCGAGGCCGUUCAGCGCUUCAAGAUUAACUGCCUCCCCGUUGUCCCGCCAAUCGUCAUUCAAGUCAUCCGCAACCAAGAUCUCUGCAACAAAUACGACCUCACCAAUGUGCGCUGGGUAUACACAGGCGCGGCGCCGCUUGGCGCGGAAACCGUGGAGGAUCUUAAGAAGCAAUACCCCAAGUGGCACGUGGGUCAAGGAUACGGCAUGACCGAGACCAGCACUGCCGUCUGCACAACCUCCGAGAUCGACAUCGACGUCGGAUCAUCAGGCUCUCUCGUCCCUGGUGCGCGCGGCAAGAUUGUGGACCCCACGACAGGCGCCGAGAUCACAGAGUACAACACCCCCGGCGAGCUCCUGGUGCAGUCACCCUCUGUCGUGCUGGGCUACCUGCACAACGAGAAGGCCAACGCCGAGACGUUUGUAUGGCACGAAGACGGCCGCUGGAUCAAGACGGGCGACGAGGUCCUCGUUCGCAAGUCCGCCGAGGGCAACGAGCACCUCGUCAUCGUCGACCGCAUCAAGGAGCUCAUCAAGGUCAAGGGCCACCAGGUCGCGCCCGCCGAGCUCGAGGCCCACCUGCUCACCCACCCAGCCGUGUCCGACACGGCCGUCAUCCAGGUACCCGACGAGCGCGCCGGCGAGGUGCCCAAGGCGUACGUCGUCCGCGCCGCUGCCUACGCCUCCAAGCCCGAGGCCGAGGUGUCGGCCGAGAUUUGCAAGUACGUCGAGGAACACAAGGCGCGGCACAAGUGGCUCAAGGGCGGCGUCGAGUUUGUCGACGUCAUUCCCAAGAGCCCCAGCGGCAAGAUUCUGCGCCGUCUACUCCGCGACCGCGAAAAGGAAGCCAGGAGAUCCAAGGGUGCCAAGCUUUGA